AAAGCUCCGAGCGUGAAACAGUCGUCUACCGUACCGGACACAGUAAGGGAGCGCCGUGUAUUUUCGUCGUGUAUAAGGGAAGAACAUUAAAAUCGAGCAAUGGAACUUUCCAAACGUCUAUUCGUGGUGCUGUUUGCAGCGUACCUCUGCAGCGUGCAACUCGUGCAAUCGCAAAGUACAGCUCGUGAAAUGUUGCUGCGCAAUCAAUGCAUCUGCCCGUGCGGUAACCCAAGAGGUGGAAAGGAGUACAAAGUGCCCGACCAACGACUGAACUGGUUUGAUGCCGCUUCAUACUGCAAUGCGAUCGGUAUGUCCCUGGUAACCAUAAAGAGCGCAGACGAAGGCCAGAGACUCUACGAGACGCUACCGACAACUCUUCGUUCCUCGUCGUACUGGAUAGGAGCCAAUAUGUUGACCACCGAGUAUCAUCUGCAGUGGGAGCUAAGCGGAGAUGUAACGUUCUACGAAACGUGGGCCGAUGGUGAACCACGCACAAGGAAAGGCUAUUGCGUCUACAUAAAAUCGCUGUAUCCCGGAGAAAAGACAUGGUACUCGGAUAAUUGCUUGACGGAGCGCAAAUUUAUUUGUCAAUAUUAGAGCACAAUAAAGCAUGGCGCACCACAGCAACCGUUGGCUGCUUAGUUAUCCGGGAAA